AUGAAGAAGAUAAGAAAAGGAGUACGACGAUUAGCAUUUAUACUUAUAAUAAUAGUAUUGGAUGCACACAAAAAAGGGUGCUGGGCAGCAUCUGAUUCUUCAGAAUCCUUGUAUCAAGACAUAACGAUGCAGCUUUUAAAAUUCAUUGAUAUACUGGAUUUCACGCAAAGUGCAUCGACAUCUUCUACAAGAAAUACAAGUGAAGACACAAGUAUAAAGAGUGCUAUAAACAGUAAAGGCGAUGAGGAGGCAUUGCCCAUAGAGAAGAUAGGCGUGCUUUCUGCUUAUCCAUAUUCGAGCGGUAUAUAUAUGGGUUCACCGAGCUAUGCAGAAAGAAUGGCAAAUAUUUUUAAUAAUUUUUGGCUGUAUAGACUCGCAGUAAAUGUAAAUUCCCCCAAAAAAGCUAUAGAAAAGUUUGAUAUAGAAGGAGAGUACGUAGCAUAUAUAGGCAAGGCAAACCCAUUAUUGUGCAUUAAAGCGAUACCUGCUUCUGGUGAAUACGAUGAAAGGGAAGUUAUUGACGCAGCAGAGAAGUAUAUGGUUCUUCCUUUGAAGAAAGAUACAAAAGAGGAUAGCAAAAGCUUGAAAAAACCAUAUAAUCGAAAGCUUAGAAAAGCCUUAAAAAAUAUUGCAAAGUAUCUAGCAGAGAAGUAUGAGGUUCAUACAAUAAAUAUUCCAAAAUGUAAAAGCUGGAUUAUUUACUAUGCAAAUCUAUUAGGGGAAAUAAACAGCCCAUAUAAUGAAGGAAGAUACAUAAAUCUAGCAUUAAAUAAUGAGAAUUUAAUGAAUUUAAAAAGAAAAAACCAGAUAAAUAGCUUGGAAAGCAGUCAAAUGCAAGAACAGUUUACUUCAAAGGAGCUUCAAAUUAGAUCCCCAAUACCAAAAAACACUGAACAGAACUUGUUUGAAAAUAGUGCUGCUUUUACCGUCUUAAUAUGGAAAUGUAAAAAUGGGCCGUAUAAUAUGUUUUUUGAUGUUCUGCCGAUGAGAAAGAAGUCAGAAAACUCCGCAUUCUCCUUACAAGAAUAUAGAAACCCGAAUGAAAACAUGCCAGGCUAUGCAGAAAAACAGAUGCACAAAAUGUUCAUUUUAUUUGCGCAUGGGUUCUACAAUGACAGCUUAGGGUAUAUUUUAAAAUUUGACGCUGUAGAAGUCGAUCCAAAUAAGCCCAGCGCAUUCGAAAAUUUAGAGAAUGUUAUAGAACCUCCUCAAAUUGAAGAAAUCACUAGCAGUGAUAGUAAUCUAAAUGAGUCCAGCCCAUGUGAGAAUUUAAAGAAUGUUAUAGAAUCUGUUCAAAAUGAAGAAGUCAAUAGUAUUGAUGAGGAUCCAAAUAACUCUGGAAUUGAGGGCAUUAAAAAUAUCAUAUACUCUACUGCCCCUAGAGACAUUGAAGAUCCUGCUGAAACUGAGGAAAGUUCGAAUAAUGAUGAAGAUCCAGAGAAAAAUGAAGUGCCAGUAGAUAAAGAAGCCGCAACUAAAAAACAUGUGGCUGAAGAGGGCGCCGCAGUCAGUAGUCCUGAAUCUAAGCAUAUUUCAUCUCCAUUAGAAGAUGCAAAGGAUAUAAAACAAGAUGACUUAGAUUCUGCAAGCUUUAAUGAGAAUAAUGAUGCUAAAGAAGCAGAAGGCACGCUACAUAAUGAGAAAGUGCAUGACCAUGGCGAGCAUCAGACAGAUCCGCCCCAAUAUAUAGAACUGCCUUCUGGCUCUAGCGAAAACAAUAUUAUACCAGAAAGAAAGAUGCCUCUUUUACCUCCUUUGGAUAAAAUUCAGAGAAUUAGUCCAGACAAGGUUGGCAAAGAAGCAGAUAUAUUUAGGAAUGUAAGUGAGUCUGUUGACAUAAAUACUGAUACGAAUAAAACAAAGCAUACUUCACAAGACUUUGCUAACCCAAGAAAAGAAAAGACGCUUACUCUAGAUUCUGAAAAGAAAGAAGAAUCCUUUCAUCCUCCAGAAACUGCACAUUCAUCGGAUAGUGAAAUGCACAUUGAAUCAACUGAUUAUGCAUCUAUUGAAAGUUCUAAUUCGAGCAUGCACUCCUGCAUAGAAACUGCCCCAAGUGUGCCUGAUACAAAAACACACUCAGGGCAUACUUUAAAACAGCAGCACCUAGAGAAGAAGCCUGAAUAUAGCGCUGCAAAUCCUAGUAUAUAUACUGGAGGCUUGGCACAGACAAAGCCUAUUUUAGAGAAGUAUAAGGCUGUACAGAGUAUGCCUUCUGAAAAAAAGUUGGCAAAAAAGCAAAGAUCCCUUCGUCAGCUGCUUAUGUGCAUAAUGUGGAUUGCUCUAAUUUUAAGCAUUAUUCUUUUUUGUAUUUUUAUUAUACUUAUUUAUAAGCAACAGACAGAAAUAGAAAAGCUGAAUGAGUUAGAUGCAGAUAUAGCUGUUACUGGCGUAUAG